UCUUCUCCUUUUUUUUUUGUUCAACUGAGAGUUUUCGAUUUUGGUGACUGCUAAGCUCCAUUUGUUCUGCUCUAAAUCCAAAUAAUAAAAAAAAAAGCUUGCUUUGCUCAGAGUUGGUUCGUGGAUAAACAAGUUAAAAAAAGUCUUCGGUUUUGAUUCGUUCGUUCUUGGUUUGGUUGGAUCGUCAGAAAAUGAGCGAGAAAUGGAAGUUCUAUCGAUUCAGAAACCGCUUGGGAAUCUUGGCUAUGGUGAUCUUGUGCUUAUCGCUUCAGAAUCUGAGUCUCUGUUGGUCUCUCAACGAUGAGGGUUUGGCGCUUUUGAGGUUUAAGGAGAGAAUCACAAGUGAUCCAUUUAACUCUUUGACCGAUUGGAAAGAUGAUAGUGGGGAAGUUAAUGCCUGCUUUUGGUUUGGUGUCGAGUGCUCAGAUGGAAAAGUCGUCGCUUUAAACUUGAAAGAUCUCUGUCUUGGAGGAACACUGGCGCCAGAACUUAGACGCCUUUCCCAUGUAAAAUCUAUUAUCUUGCGGAACAACUCCUUUACUGGAGUCAUUCCUGAAGGAAUCGACAAGUUAGAGGAGUUAGAGAUGCUGGAUUUAGGAUACAAUAACUUCCGUGGACCACUUCCGGUGGACCUUGGCAGUAAUUUGUCAUUGGCGAUACUACUCUUGGACAACAAUCAGUUUCUUGGUAGCUUGUCCCCUGAAGUUCAUAAACUAAAGAUGCUCUCUGAGUUUCUAGUCGACGAGGAUCAACUAUCUGUUGCAGCUAAAGAAUUAUCUUGCAACCAAAGACCAAAUGCGUGGAACGUCAACCAGGCAGAAGACCACAUUCAUCGAAGAGUGUUACAAGCAACUACACGUCGACAAGGGGAUGCUCCUCUACUGCCUUCUCCUCCUCCAUCACCAUCUCCAUCAUCAUCAGGAAAAGCUGACAUUGCACCAAAACCAAAGGCAACUUUGCCCCCUCCACCACCCCCAGUUCCUGCUCCGAGUCCUUCUGCAACUGUCAACCAUAACAAUUCCUCUUCAAAGAGUAAUAGUGUUGCGAUAUUGGCUGGAGCCAUCGGGGGCGCAGUAGUUCUUGCGGUUGCCGUAGUUGGCUAUCUAUGUCUUAAAACAAAGGUAGCUAUUGUCAAACCUUGGGCAACAGGAUUGAGCGGACAACUUCAGAAAGCAUUUGUGUCUGGCGUUCCAAAGCUUAAGAGAUCAGAGCUUGAAACAGCUUGUGAAGAUUUCAGCAAUGUGAUAGAUUCUUCAUCAAUUGGAACACUGUACAAAGGGACGUUGUCGAGUGGAGUUGAAAUAGCUGUAGCCUCAGUGGCUGCAACAUCUGCCAAGGAAUGGUCAGAAAACUUAGAAGUGCAGUUUUUGAAAAAGAUCGACACAUUAUCUAAAGUGAACCACAAGAAUUUUGUCAAUCUUAUUGGGUAUUGUCAAGAAGAUGAACCUUUCACUAGAAUGAUGGUUUUUGAGUAUGCUCCAAAUGGAACUCUCUUUGAGCAUCUACAUAUAAAAGAAGCUGAACACUUGGACUGGGGAAUGCGACUGAGAAUUGCGUUGGGCAUGGCUUACUGCCUAGACUACAUGCAUCGGCUGGAGCAACCUAUAGCCCACAAAAACUUAAGCUCUUCAGCUAUUCGUCUCACCGAGGAUUAUGCUGCGAAAAUUGCUGAAUUCAGCUUCUGGAACGAGAUUGCUGUGGCUGCUCCAAUGGAAUCUCUGGGGAUCAAAAAGCUUCCAAGCACACCCUCAUCAAGCCCAGAAUGUAAUGUCUACAGCUUUGGUGUAAUAUUGUUUGAGAUGGUCACGGGCAGGCUUCCUUACUCGGUAGACAUUUGCUCUCUUGAAGACUGGGCAUCAGACUAUCUUAGAGGAGACCAACCCUUGAGAGAAAUGGUGGAUCCUACUCUAAGUUCAUAUGAAGAAGAACAGUUGGAGCUAAUUGGAGAAGUCAUGAAGUCUUGUGUCCAUCCCGACCCAAGACAAAGACCGGCAAUGAGAGAAGUUUGUAUCAGACUGAGAGAGAUAACGGGGAUAACUCCCGAUGGAGCAUCGCCUAGGCUCUCUCCCCUUUGGUGGGCAGAGCUUGAACUCAUGUCCACAGAGGCAAUCUAAUAAAGGUUGCAACUUUAAGAUGUAAGUAUAAAAAGUUCUACAUUCUGUAGUUGGCCUCAGGUUUGAUAGUGCUUGUAUCUAUUAUUGCAGUACUAUAAUCAUUGACGUUUGGUUGGAGGAUUCAAACCAUAUGAUUCGAACCAUUUUUUAUUUACAUGUAUUUUUUGUGA